AUGGCGGGUCGAGGUCCCAGAGUGAGUGGCCUGCUAGGACUGGUUCUGUGCUGCAUUGGCUGGCGCCUGGUGCUGCCCGCCAGGGCGUGCCACCCCUCGGACCUGGCGGCGCUGCUGGGCUUCAAGGCCACCGUCGCCGGGGACCCUUCCGGGAUUCUCCGGUCGUGGAAUGGCUCCUCGAACUGCUGCUCCGCCUGGGCCGGCGUCGCGUGCGACUCCGCCACCGGCCGCGUCGUCAACCUCACCCUCCCGGGGUUCUACUCCGACGGGGAGGGCUUCGUGGCUGAUACCUACAUCGCCGGAGUCCUCUCCCCUUCCCUCGCCGGUCUCUCCUUCCUCCGGCUGCUCGAUCUCAGCAACCUCAAGCAGCUCGGCGGAGUCAUCCCGCAGGAACUUGGCCAGCUUUCCGGCCUCACCCACCUGUUCCUCCAGUCGAACAACCUCUCCGGCAGCAUCCCUUUCACCUUCGGCCGGCUCCGGCGGCUCCAAGCUCUCCAUCUCAGCUCCAAUCGCCUCUCCGGUGCCAUUCCAGCUUCCAUGGGGUCGAUGUCGUCGCUGUCCGAGCUCGAUCUGGCCGGGAACAGGCUCUCUGGCCAGAUCCCGCCGUCGAUCGGACGGCUCAGAGAGCUCACGAAGGUGGAUCUCAGCGGUAACCUCCUCUCCGGCAGCAUUCCGGCGGGGAUCGGCGAUCUGUGGAAGCUCACGUACCUUGACUUGUCGGAGAACAGGAUCGGCGGGCGCAUUCCCGACUCCAUCGGAGGCCUCUCCAGCUUGCAGGUGCUUUACAUGAAUCAAAACCAGCUCAGCGGGAGAAUCCCCGCCUCCAUCUCCGGUAUGGGAUCCCUCCAGUUCUGUCGCCUCUCGGAGAAUCGCCUCACAGGUCCCCUGCCGGCUUCCAUCGGCGAACUCAGGAGCGUCCAGCAUCUGAUUCUGGAGAAUAACCGAAUCUCCGGAGAACUGCCCCCUACCAUGGGCCGGGUCGGCUCUCUCACCGACGUCUUCUUUUCGAACAACCAGUUCACCGGCGAGAUCCCGGCCACAUUCGGAGACCUGAGGAAUCUUCAGACGCUGGACCUCUCACGGAACAGCCUCUCCGGCCCCAUCCCCGCGGAUUUCUCCAGGCUGGUCGGCCUCCAAAAUCUGGAUCUCUCAUAUAACCCCCUGCGGCUGGCCGAUCUGCCGGACUGGUUCGCGGAGCUCAAUCUCUUCAAGCUGAUGCUCGCCGGCACCGGCGUGGAGGGCCCCCUUCCGGCCUGGCUGGCAGAGUCGUCCAUCUCCGUGCUGGAUCUGUCCAGCAACGGGCUGACGGGGUCGAUCCCGCCAUGGAUCGGCAACAUGACGGCGCUCUCCUUCCUCAAUCUGUCCAACAACGGGCUCCGAUCGGCGAUUCCCCGCGAAUUCUCCGACCUCUCCCUGCUGAUGAACCUCGAUCUCCACUCCAACGCGCUCUCCGGCCCCGUCGACGCCGUCUUCUCCAAGCGGACGCAGGAUCCGCUUGGCCACUACGUCUCCAUCGACCUCUCCGGGAACCGCUUAUCCGGCCCGAUCAAGGAGAAGGCCGGGCAGAUCUCGGCCAUGGACUCGGUGGAGGAGCUUCUGCUGUCACAGAACCCCCUGGGAGGGGCGAUUCCGCGCUGGCUGGGGAGCCUGCCGUCGCUGAAGGUGCUGAAACUCGCCGGAACCGAUCUGACUGGGGAGAUCCCGGAGGAGUUGCUCGGUCUGUCGUCGCUGGUGGAGCUCGAUCUGUCGGAGAACCACCUCUCCGGCCCGAUCCCCCGCCACCGCGGCGGCAUUCCAGCGGCGGCCUUCCGAGGAAACCCGGGGCUCUGCGGCGCGCCGCUCCCUCCCUGCAGAAACCACGCCGAGUCGUCGCGGGGGGGACGACGGCGCUUGGCGGGAUCGUUUUAA